AUGGCCAAGAACAAAGAGAGUAGUUUGAAGCAAGAAGCUAAAAACAAUGCAUUUUCAUCUCAUACCCCUCACGAUCCAGCUGCCGAGCCGCUUUCUCCUCAGUUGCAUCUUGAACAAUUAUUACUUGGUCUGCAGGAACUAGAGGACAAGGCAGUACAAUACAAUCUAUUGGCUCAGCAGAUUUAUGAUACCGAGCAGCAGUGUUUAAAAGAACUAACCAGGCAACGAUCAUUGGUAUUGGCAUUCCUCAAGGACCAACAGAAGCAGGCAUCUAAUCCACAGAUCCAAUCCAUCAGCAAUCAAGAAAAAGACAGUCUACUUCGAAGGUUGCAGGAUGUGGAAUAUAAUUUCCCAUAUCCAGCAGGUCUCAUUCUUCGUUUAGCUCUAGGACCCAAUGCACCAGUGAUUCUUCGACCCCUCAAGCGCCGACUUACAUACAAGAAAGAUUACGAGAUAUUCAAGCUGUACAUGACACUUGCAUCACUGGUGAUUGUUGUUACAUGCUUGGUUACACAUGGCAAUCGUAUCUUGGACGCUGUGUACGAGUUUUUCAUCCUGUAUUAUUACUGCACACUUGUUUUGCGCGAACAUAUUUUAGUGGUGAAUGGGAGUCGUAUUCGUCGAUGGUGGUUUGGGCAUCAUUACUUGAGCAUCAUCUUGUCUGGAGUUGUUUUGAUUUGGCCACAGAGCAGUAAUUAUCAGAAAUUCAGACCCAUGUUUUUGUGGUUUUGUCUGUUUCUGUGUAUGCUACAAUACCUUCAAUACCGAUAUCAACGCAAGCGACUCUAUGCAUUGGUUGCUCUCGACAAGGCACGACCUAUGGAUACGGUUAUUGGAGACGGUGUUCCCUCACAAGCUGUUGACAGGGAGUUCAUGGUUCUCACUCCGUUUUUAAUUAUUGGCCAAUUGUGGCAGAUUGUGAUUUCGUAUAGACUGUUUGAAAUGCAUGUUCUUGCAGUGUCUGCAUUGUUUGGAAUCCUAGGCUGUGGAAAUAUCCUGGUUACAGCCAAGACUAUUUUUUCAAAACGAUCUGCAGUAUUCUCUCUUGCGAAUCGAUCCGCUUCACCCAAACCUGCAUUUGCUUCAUUUAAAAAGUCGAAAUAA